UUGAAGGCUAUUUAAAGCAAAUGACUGUGUUUCUGACUGCAUGGUUCUUGAAAAUUUUCUUCUUUUAAGAAAAAGAAGUGUUUUUGAACUGGCAAUUCUUGAAAUUUUGGUGGAAAUUUUAUGAGUUUUGGAGAUGUGGAGUUGGGUUCUGUGAAGAGAGUUUUUUGAACUUUUUGCACAGUUGAAUAAAGUACUGAAACUGUAUUGAAGUUGGUUUUUCAUCUUAAGCAGAGAAGGGGUUCUGUAUUUUCUCCUAUAGAAAUUAUUAUGGGGAUUGAUGUUGCUGAAGUAAGUGAGACACCGCCGUCUCAUCAUGCUAUUAAGGUGCAUCGUCUAAUGUGCAUGGAACUAAUUCAGUUAGUAAGUAGAGUUUCGAUAUUACUUCCUGAAAUUGAAGCAGCCCGUCCUCGAUGCUUAGAGGCCCUUAGCCUGUUGAACACUGAAAUUUUCAAAACCAAGACACUGAUUCAGCACUGCAGUGAAUCUAGUAAGCUAUACUUGGCACUAACAGGAGCUGUCAUACUUUCACGAUGUGAUAGAUCAAGAAACUUGCUUAAGCAAAGCUUAGGCCAAGUGCAAAAUAUGGUUCCAGUAUCGUUGGCUUCAGAGAUUUCGCGACUGAUUGCUGAACUGAAGGGUGCGAUAUUCAGCUUGGAUCCAUCUGAAGAGGAGGCAGGGAAGGUUGUGAUGGAAUUACUUCAUCAGUAUGUGACAACAGAUUCAGCGGAAGAACAUGCCUUUGAGGCAACUCAAGUUGCUAUGCGGAGGCUUCAUAUCACAUCUCUACUGACUCUUUUAAUAGAGAAAAGAUCCAUAAAAAGGAUGCUGGGUAGAGUUGGGGACGGUGAGAAAAGGAAAAUCUUAUUGCUUUUUUUGAAUAUCCUCAGUAAGCAUGGAAAAUCAGUUGUGACACAGCAAACAGAGAGCGGCUCUCUGCAGCGGGAAGACUUUUACCUGUAUGCAAAUCAAUGUGAAGCAAAAUCUCGUAUGAGAUGUCGAUCUGACGAUGCUCAAGUGGACAUACUGAGGAGCUCUCGACCACCGGAUGAGUUUAAAUGUCCUUUGUCUUUGAGAAUAAUGCACGAUCCUGUCGUAAUUGCCUCUGGACAAACAUAUGACAGAUUUUGGAUUCAGAAAUGGUUUGCUGAAGGUCACGAUACAUGUCCAAUGAAUAAAAGGAAUUUGGCCCACUUGUCUUUGACCCCGAAUUACACAAUGAAGGACCUAAUAUCAGGGUGGAGUGCAACACAUGGAGUCAGUGUUCCUGACCCGAGCAUGGAGGCGGCAGCGGCUCACUCAUUUAAAUCUUCUUUGAAUUCAAUUGCUAGCUUGAGCAGCUCAGUGAAUGAUUUACGUCUUCCUAUAGAAUUCAGCAAUUUAUCUUGUGGAUUGCCAGAUGCUGGUCUUGUGUCUGUUGCUAAGACACCAAAUGACUUCGAUGUGGUUUCAGGGGAAAGCAAUGGCAGUAUUCACAAAAUUCAAUCUGGUAUAAGCAUUCAAGAUAUGGACCUGAAUCUCUUAACCGGGUUCAGUUCACUUUCUUGGGAGUCACAAUGCAUCUUGGUUGGAGAUAUUAGUAACUUUUUCAAACAUAACGAUCAAGCUUGCAAUUGGAUGUCAUCCGAGGAUUUUGUUCUAACAAUGGUUAGAUUUUUGAAAGAUGCACAUGAUUUCAAUGAUCUAAAUGCACAAAUAAUGGGAUGUCUAACAUUGACAACAGUUUUGCAGAAAUGCAGGAGCAAUUUUCCAGAUUUGAAUGACGAUGCUUUUGCACUUUUGGUAUCAUUUCUUGAAACUGAGGUUUCUAAAGAAGCCCUUGCCGUAUUAAAAGUAUUGUCCUGCCACCAAUAUUGUCCACAAAAAAUUGUGGCUUCUGGUGCUCUGACUCCCAUUCUAGAGAUGCUUGAUGCCCAGAAUGCAGAAUUGAAUGAAACAGCCAUCAAAAUAUUACGUAGUUUGUCUGAAAAUAGCAGAAUUGUUUCCUUGAUUACACCUUCAGAAUUCAUUCCCAAGUUGAUUCCUUUUCUAGAAGAUACAGCUCUAGCAAGCGACACUCUUGUCAUUCUGAAAAAAUUGUGCAUCACUGAAGAUGCUACGACUUCUGUAGCUGAAGCCGAUGGAUGCAUUGCUUCAGUUGUGAAACUACUCGACAGUGAGAAUCGUGAGGAUCAGGAGCAUGCAGUGGCUCUUCUUCUUUCUUUGUGUUCUCAAUGCUUUCAAUACUGUCGGCUGGCCAUGGAUGAAGGGAUCAUCCUUGAUCUUUUCAACAUAUCUGUCAACGGGAAUAGCAGAGGAAAGACAAUGGCUUUGAAGCUACUGACACUGUUGAGAGGUGAAUUUAGUAAUAAUGAAGAAUCUUCAGGUGCGGAUGUUGACAUUUCUAGAGGCUCUACCAUUAACCUUACACUGCAGAAAUCUAGUUCAAAGGCACCUGGAUUUUUAAAGAAGUUAUUCUCAAAACAAUGCCGCGCAUAGGGGGAGCUUAGGGCACCGGGCUGUCCUUUUAUUCUCAAAACAAGGUUCGUCUGCUCCUAUUAGUAAAAAAUAGUACUCAAUAUAUAUCUUAGAAUGAAGGUUGCCAGUCGUUCCGACUACAGAGAGUAUAAUGUUAGCUGAUUAUAUGUCCUCAUGACUGUCUGUACGAGUUGUGCUGAUUUCUUGUAAAUAAAUAUGUAUAGUAUUGCUUGAUAUGAUAUGUACAAUUUCUCUACUCUAGUUUUUGUUAGUGUUGAGAAGGAAGACUUUGCUGAGACUUGUAGCUGUAAAAUAUCUUCCUUUGCUAUUUCUUUUGGUAAGUAGAUGGAUACUGUUAAAUGGUCUAUGAAAUACUAAUGAAAUGUGUAUAAAUCUUCUUACCCUUAGCAUGAAAUUGUGUCUAUUUUGCAAAA